AUGUUAAGUUAUAAAUGGUAUAUCUGCACAUUUCUUGCUCUACUAUCAUCAACUUCAUCCAUCACUGCCACACUUGAAGAGAAAAGGAUAAUGCCUCAUAUUAUCUUUGUUGAUCAAUGUGGGAAUGGGAAAAAUAGUUUCAGAAGCAUCCAAGCAGCCAUCAACUCCGUGCCUUCAAACAACAAAAGAUGGAUUCAAAUAAACAUCAAACGAGGCGUGUAUAGAGAAAAGGUUACAAUUCCUUCAGACAAGCCCUACAUUUACCUUAAAGGAGCAGGAAAGAGACACACGGUGAUCGUGUGGAAUGGACAUGGCUCCAUCGAUACGAGCCCAACUUUCGAUUCUCAAGCUGAUCAUAUAGUAGCGAAGGGCUUAAAAUUUGUCAACUCGUACAACUCCCCGCCUGAUGGUAAUCAUAAUCCAAUGGAGAGGGCGGUGGCAGCUCGGAUUCAAGGCGAUAAAUCGGCCUUCUACAAAUGUGGAUUCUUCGGGUUGCAGGACACAUUGUGGGAUGCUGGAGGCCGGCAUUACUACAAGAGAUGCACCAUUGGAGGUGCCGUAGAUUUCAUCUUUGGUGCUGCCCAAUCCCUAUACGAGGGGUGCACAAUAUCGGUAGAUGCUGGAGCUCUAAGGGGAAGCCAAGGCUACAUAACAGCUCAAGGGAGGCAGAAUCCGGGAGACACGAGCGGGUUCGUGUUCAAACAUUGUAACAUAGUUGGUAGCGGACAUGCCUUCCUCGGAAGGCCGUGGAGAAACUACGCUAGGGUUUUGUUCUACGACACACAAAUGUCCAACGUCGUUGUCCCUCAAGGAUGGUAUAUUUGGAACAGCGCAGGCCACGAGGGGCAGCUGACGCUGUCGGAAUAUAAGUCUCACGGACCAGGGGCGAAUAGUGAAGAGAGAGUGAAGUGGGAGAAGAAGUUGAGUGAGGAAGAGGUGAAGAAGUUAGCAAGCUUUUCAUUUAUUGAUAAAGAGGGGAGCUGGAUCAAUCAAGCAUUAUUCACCAUUUUGGAUGCUCAAUUAACUGACUAA